AUGGUCAUUGGACUUCUCGCCAUAACGGCGAUACCCACCGUCACCGGCGUGGGCCAGGCCGUCAGCGCGCAGAAAAAGGCAAACGCAGCGAACAAGGAAAAGGAAAAGUUUCGGUUGACGGCGAUAGUGGAAGAAGGAUCAGAAGACGAAGACUACGAGACGGAUUUCUGUGUGCUGAAAGAUGGCAAGUUGCAAGUCAACGUCCCGCUCGACACCGAGUUCCCGGGGUACGCCUUCUGUGGCUACUACUUCACGUACCCCAGCGAAGAGAAGCACCUGGGGCUGGUGAGCACCAUCUCGGACGAUCCUCCGAUGCUCAACUGGAUAUACGUCAAUAAAGACACACACGCGGUGGAGUACGGCGGACGAAAAGACACCCUGGGGCACGUCAUUGGGCCCUGGGGCUGGAGCAAGGACGAGACGCUGUUGACGCUGCAAGGGAAUGGCGAGUGCUUCGUGGCGAAGCUCGAGCGUGGGGAGGACGGCAGCAAGCCACGGUGGUUGGUGUACUGGGAUCCAGAGAAUGAGAUGCUGGAUAACUUGGGGGCGGACGAGUGUAAGCCUGUGAAGCUGAGGAGGAGGAUGUUGCUUGGCAUGGACAGCAAGUAUGUGAGAGACUAG